AAAAAAGGCAGGUUCACCGAUCCACUUGCAGUAUUAGCCGGCUGAGUUAUGGCCAAAAAGAACAAGAAGCUACAACAGGUGGAGGCUGUCGCAAAUACGCCUGCGAGCUUUGAGCCUGAACCUCCGGUAAAGUCCCGUCCCCAAGAGGAGGACACUAGUGCCGAGGUGUUCCUAUGGCUACUGGCUUACAGUGUCUUGAUGUUCACCUUGCCUUUUUUGGGUUUUUACGGCGUGCGCAGCUGGCUGCAGGAAUCUUUUCCCCAUUUGGACGUCUUCACGGUCAACUGCUGGUCUGUUCUCACGGCAGUUUUGGUCGUUAAUCUAGUGGUGGCCAUGUAUGUGCUGAAGGCGUUCCGCGAGAAAUCUCCACCGCCCUUAGAGCAAGUGGAGGAGGAUGAGGAUGAGGUGGACGAGUCCAAAAAGGAACAGUAACCAAAAUGAGAUGAAAGUUAUAUAACCCAAGAUCUACCAAUAACUACCAUUGAGAUCAACCUUAUUCCGAAAUGUUCACCCUAAAAUCAACCAAUCUUUUAGAGACUUUUGUGUGCUUAAAGGCAACGUGUGGAGGAGCAUCUGAACCUCGAAAAGGAUCAUUAACUUAGUUAAAAACUACUUUAAAUAAACCAACCUAUGACACACUUUUAAA